CCGCCAUGCGGGUCCGGAAACUGCGCCUCAGUGCCUCUCGGCGGAAGGAAAAGGGUAUAAACUCACCGAAGCUCCGGGACUUUAGAAGCAGUGGCCUCUAGGGCCCGCUCAACCUCCGAGGCCCCACCCCUUAGGCUGGACGAGGACACUGAAAGUGCGCGUGCGCGUUUGUAUUUGCGCGUGCGCAAUGAAGAAGUUCUGUUAUUUGUGUGCCCCUGCUCCGGUGUGAGGUGAAAUUUUCGUUUCUUAUCGUCCGGUCUCUGUGUGGUCAAGCAGGAGAACAGACCCAAGAGGAGGCUUGAAAUCAAAGGACACUAGCCUCGAGGGCUAACCUGGCCGCCCUGGCUUCCCGCCGGCGCUGCUGGGCGGCGGCCCCUCCUCCGAGAGCUCGGACCCACUCGGCCCGGCGGCAGUUCCGGGAGGAGGCGGGUCGGCCCGGCCUACUCUCCAUCCGCGUUGCUCCCAAUUUCACAAGCCACCGGAGCAGCCUUUGGGUCCUUCCUCCACAAGGAAAAGAAAUAGUAUCUCCGUCCUUCUCGACACUCCGGCGCCUAUGGCCCCCUGUCCCCGUGUCCCGGUGAGCUCUCGGUGGCUUUACUCCGGCCGUGGUUGUCAGUUAUUAAAGUUUGGCUGUCUUUCUCAGGACUUUUUCUGUCUUUAUGAAGAGAUGUCAGAAGGGGAAAGGACUGUGACUGGAUGUCUGACAAAUUAUUUUCAAAUUGGGAGAUUUGUCUCAAUACCAGAAGGUCAGCACCUCAAGGGAAUAUUUUGAAUGGGAAAAAAUCCAACGUGGUAGACAUGGUCUUCAUGGUCAGAACCCUGCCAAGCCAGGAGGGAGACACACAAAAGAAAGAAUGGCUGCAGGAUUACUGACAACCUGGUCACAGGAGUUGGUGACCUUCGAGGAAGUGACAGUGGACUUCUCACAGGAGGAGUGGGCCCUGCUGGCCCCCGCUCAGAAAAUCCUGUACAGAGAUGUGAUGUUGGAGAACUUUAGGAACCUGGCCUCAGUGGGGUAUCAUCUCUGCAAACACAGUCCAAUCACUGAGGUGGCGCAGGAAGAGCUGAGGCCAGAGGGGAGAGGAAUUCUCCAAAGUACUUGUACAGAUGGGGCUACUCAACUUAAAUCAAAAGAUGUAAUUCUCAUGCAGAAUGUUCCUGGAGAAAAAACUGCUGAUGGCAUAAAAAUGGUGAGAUUCACUAGAAAUUAUUCCUGUUUUUUAAGACUGGGAGAGCUCUGUGAAUUUCAAGGAAUUAAAACAGCAGCAGCACCCAAGCAAGAGGAGACACUUGAGGCACCAACCCACCCUGGUGAGAAACCAUUGGAAUGUGAUCACUGUAGAAAAUUCUUCAGAAAGAAUUAUCACCUUAUUCGUACAAGAUAUUGCAAGGGCGAGAAAUGCUACAAAUAUAAACAAUAUGGGAAAGACUUUGGCCAUCCCUCAACUCUUAGGAAUCAUUUAAGUACUCACAUUGGAGAGAAAAUUCUUGAAUUCAGUGAUUGUGGAAAAACUUUUAAUCAAGAGUCAUCCCUUAGGAAACACUUCAGAACUCUCACAGGAGAAAAAUCUGAGUGUAAUCAACAUCUUAUGUCCAAAUUACACUCUUCCUUCUCAGUACAUAAACAAAUACCUACUGAAGAGAAACUCCAUGAACGCAGUGACUGUGGAACAAGAUCUUUCCAUAGUGUCCACAAAAAAAUAUGUACUGUGAAAGAAAGCUCAAAAUGUAAUGGACAUGGGAAAGUUUUCACUGGCCCCUUGUCCCUUCAGAUAUGUAUGAGACCUCACACUGGAGAGAAAGCUUAUGAAUGUAGGGACUGUGGGAAAGCCUUUGUUUUUCAAUCUUCCCUUAAGAAACACGUAAGAUCACACACUGGAGAGAAACCUUAUGAGUGUAAUCACUGCGGAAAAUCCUUCAGCCAGAGCUCUCACCUUAACGUUCACAAAAGAACUCACACUGGAGAGAAACCUUACGACUGUAAGGAAUGUGGCAAGGCUUUCACUGUUCCUUCAUCCCUUCAGAAACAUAUGAGAACCCAUACUGGAGAGAAACCCUAUGAAUGCAGUAACUGUGGGAAAGCCUUUAUUGAUCAGUCAUCCCUUAAGAAACAUACCCGAUCUCACACUGGAGAGAAACCUUAUGAGUGUAAUCACUGUGGAAAAUCCUUCAGCACAGGCUCUUAUCUCAUUGUGCACAAGAGAGCUCACACUGGAGAGAAAACCUAUGCAUGUAAAGAAUGUGGGAAGGCCUUUAGGAAUUCCUCUUGCCUAAGAGUACAUAUGAGAACUCAUACAGGGGAGAAGCCUUAUAAAUGUAUCCAGUGUGGAAAAGCAUUCAGCACUAGCACUAACCUUAUCAUGCACAAGCGAAUACAUACUGGGCAGAAGCUCUGUGAAUGAAAUGAGUACAAGCUAGCCUUAAGGGCUCCUUCCCCUCUCAGUCAUUUCCGAAUACACUCUGGAGAGAAAUCAUAUUAUGACCAAUUCAGAAGGCCAUCAGGCACAACUCUUCAGUUACAUUAUACUGAGGCAAACAUAAAUGUUACGCUUCUAUGAUUAUAUUUAUCAGUGAGUGUUUAAAGUGUGACAACUCAUUAGUUGAUGAGUAUUAAAGAUUAUAUAGCACUCUAAAUUCCCCCUGAUGUACAUCACAAAGGUUUUGUUUUUGUUUUUGUUUUUAGUAUUUAUUUAUGUAUUUAUUUGGCUACAACAAGUCUUAAUUGCAGCAUGUAGGAUCCUCAGUCUUCAUUGUGGCAAACAAGAUCUUUAGUCACAACAUACAGGAUCUAGUUCCCUGACCAGGAAUUGAACCUAGGUACGCCCUCUGCAUCGGGAGUGUGGAGUCUUAGCCACAGGACCACAAGGGAAAUCCCUCACUAAGGUUUAGGUAUGUAAUGUUUUUAUUAUAAGUAAGUACUAAGUAUUGUGCAUUUCUCAUCAAGAUAUCUUGGACUGAACUAUAGGUUAUUUAUAAAUAUGUAUUUUAAUGUAUGGGCUGGGCAUAUUUUAAUUAUCUUUUAGUUAUAGAUUCCUAAUUGAAUUGUACUGUCCACAGAAUGCCUGAUCUUCAUGACAUAGACCAAUAACCUACAAACAGAAAAUUAUUAGAGACUUGCUAUGUGGCCUAAUGUGUGAGAUAUAAGAAGUUGCUGUCCCAAUAUCCAUUUCUCCCUUGCUUCCUUCAAGUAACAAAACUACAGUUGUGUUCAGAUUAGCAGUGUAGACAAUUUCUGAGGACUCAUCUCCCAGCUUUUCUUGCAGCUGUGAGUACCCAUGACCUCACAUUCUUGGCCUGUGAGAAAGAAGCAAGAGGUCACGGCUUGUGGGUUCUAAAGAAUUCCAUGGAAAUGGGAGCAUGGCAUCUGGCAUUUUCACUUUACCAUCUGCCCUCAGGUUUAUCUCUUUUUUCUUAGAGAAUAGACCAAUAAGAUGACAAUCAUAGACUACUGAUUAUAUAAUAGACACGUAAGGUAUUUUUUGGAUGUAUAUAAGCAACUAUGAGUUGCUUGUUUCUGAAUUUCAUGUAACAUGAGAAAAAUAAACUCCUAACUGGUUUAAAUCACUCGUGUGGGAAGAAUCUGUUACAGUGGAUUUCAGUCUUAACUGAUGCAUCUCAUAUAUGGUCAAGCUUUAAGAAUCCUUCAAGGGAGAGGGAGCAUAUGUAUUCUUAUGGGUGAUUCAUGUUGUUGUAUGGCAGAAACCAACAACAUUGUAAAGCAGUUCUUCUCCAAUUAAAAAAAAAUUUUUUAAUCCUUCAAGUAUAGUUGAAAACAAUGUGUAUUCUGUAAUUGUUGAGUAUAGGUCAGUUUUCAUUCCAG